AUUGUCUGACUAGGAGCGCAGCAACUUUUUGCGGAAAGUUCGUUUUACUUUCUUAUGGCGAGAAUCCAAGCAGAUUCCUGUUUUGAGGAGAAAUUUAACAGACUCAAUAUGGGCGAUGAACAGUUGAAGAAUCGCAUGCUUAUGGCAGUGCCGAAGAAGGGGAGACUUUACGAUCAGUGUAUUGCAUUACUGGAAAGAGCUGGAAUAAAGUAUCGCAAAAAAGCACGUCUGGAUUUGGCUCUCUGUACUUCACUUAACAUGGCUCUUGUCUUUCUCCCAGCAUCAGACAUUGCUCUCUAUGUUACAUCAAAAAUUUCAAGUGCAGAGGAUCUUGUUGGAAAAAGGAUUGUCACAUCCUUUCCAAAUAUUGCCAGAGAGUACUUUUUUCAAUUUGAUCCCAACAACACAACAAAGAUAAACUAUGUCAGUGGAUCUGUGGAAGUGGCCUGCAACCUGGGAGUUGCUGAUGGUAUAAUUGAUCUUGUAGAAACAGGGGACACUAUGAGAGCUUCUGGCCUAGAAAUAGUUUCUGAGAUUAUGAAAACUGAGGCUGUUCUGAUUGCAAAUCCAAAUGCACACUUUCAGGAUGUGGUCAAGACAGUUAAGACAAGAAUCGAAGGAAUCAUCCAUGCAAACAAGUAUGUGAUGGUUGAAUACAAUGUGGAAAGAAUAAAUCUCCCAAAAGUAUUGAAAGUAACACCAGGAAAGAGGUCUGCCACACUUUCUCCUUUGGACGAUGAGAAGUGGGUAGCUGUUCAAUCUAUGAUUCUUCACAAUGAGGAAAAUCAGAUACUAGACAAGUUGAAAGAAAUUGGUGCCCAUGACAUUGUGACCUUUGCCAUUCAGAACUGCCGCGUUUGAUAACAGGGUUACUUCUAAUUUAGAAGUAACCAAUUAUAACUCUAGGAAUUUGAUGUUAAGUAGGAACAAUUAAUAAGGGUUAUCACCUGUAAGGUACUUUAAGUGGUAUAUCUCACAUUUGUAAAGCUUAGAAUAUUUAUUGUGUCCAACUUUAGGAAAUAUUUUUUUAGUACAAAUGGUAUUCACUUACCAGGUAACUUAAACUUCUUGUUACCAAGUAACAGUUAAAUGUGUAGUAGCUAGUAAGAGUAGAGAACAAUCAGAUCUUGAGAUUUAAAGAGGUAUAUUAAUGGUUAACAUGUGAGGAGGUGUGUUAGGUGAGAUAUAAAAUUCUUAUCUUGUCACUCAGUGAUGUAAAAUCAUUUUUAGUUCUUAAGUAAAACUGCCACAUAUUUUAAUGCUGUGUUUGUAAAAUGUCCGGCAAGGAUGUUUUUAUUUUUCAAAAAAUAUAUUUCAGACAGAAAGUGUCUUUUUCAAAGCUGUUUUUAAAAAAAAAUAAGGGGAGGAUUUUAUCACCUAGGUAGACAUAUCAUUACUGACAGUAACUGUCACUUGAUGUAAGAGUGUUACACUUUUGUUUUGGAUCACUUUACAGAUACAGAUAAGAAUUGAUAUUAAAUGUUCUAGGCAACAGAUCUGAA